AUGGCCGCCUUCGUGCGAGUAUCGGGCCCGCCGAAUGGCAAUUUUCUGAUCGGGUACCCCGGUAUAUCUGCGACAAUGCCACGUAUCGAAGGUAAAGUCGAGGUCAGGCCUAGUGUCGGCAUCACAGCCCCCGUGAACGUGUCCCUCGUCACCAUAUCCCUCCAUCGUCGCGAGACAAUACACCCGUCCGCCGAUUCGGUCACCAAGAAACACCUCGCGCCUCCCCGGAAAGAAAUCACGGAUAUUGUGGGCAAGGAGAUGCUCCUUUUCCGCUGCCCGGCCGGUCGCGAAUAUGAAGAGGUCAUCUCAAUGGACCUGCCUUUCGUCCUGUUCAUUCCGUUCGGGCGAGGCGGCCACGAUGCCUCGAGGAGGGUCCCUCCGGCCAGUCUACAACUUCCGAGUCGCACGGCGGAGACAUAUUACGAGAUAGUGGUCAUGGUGCAGCAAGGACAUUCGGAUCAGAGGAAAUAUACAUUCCCCGUCCCCAUGUCUCGGUAUGACACGCUGUCUACCUUCGGAAUGUACAAUCGCCCCGAAUCAGCGGAACGAGUGACGGAUCAUCUGGUCACGUUGGGGAUAUCCUUACCCCGAUGGUCCUACGGUCCUCUCGACCCCGUGAGCGUCUACGUCAAGCUUUCACCGAAUCCUGACUGGAUUGGUAAAGCCAGGAAGGUCACUAUCAGCAAGAUCACCAUUGGAAUUGACGAAGAAAUUAUUUACAACCACGAGGGCGAUGAGCCGCAACGGAAAGUGAGAACAUUAACGAAGAGAACAGAUCCGAUUGGUGUAAAGCUACCUCCGUCAGGCUUCUUGACGAACUUGGGAUUGGUGUUUCCCGCCAAAGAUAUGCGAGACUCGAAAGGCGUUCUUCCCAGAAAUGAAACGGCCUUUCCGUCAUACGCCCUGAGCGGGUUUACGACUACUGCGAGUCUUUAUAAAAUCGAGUAUUACUUAACAGUAAAGGCACAUUUGACGUCCGCGAGAGAUAUCAUCAUUCGACAACCGAUCGUUGUCUGUCCACUCGAUCACGCGGGUUGCAAGGAAGAGAUGGAGGCCAUUGAACAGGCUGCUCGCGAAGCGGUUCAUGUGAAUCCAGACAACCCAAUGUUACCCCUUCCUUCCAUCGUGCGGCCUGGUGACCCCCACGCCCUCCGUCACCUCGGCGUGGCCAUUGUCGGCAAUCAGAAGAAACCUCUAAUAGACUGA